AUGGCAGGGUUAGAGUUAGUUAUCGCGGCUUCGCAGGUGGACUUUGAACGGGGGGACCACGUUACUGUGACCGGGGCGUUCGAUGGGUGGCAACACGAAAAGCACAUAUUGCAGUACGACGAAGGCGCGCGGGCGUUCCGGGUGGAGUUGCCGUACAGCGGGGAGGAGGAGUUGGUGUUCAAAUUCGUGCUCAACGGGAGCCAGUGGCUCACGGUCGGGUGCUUCGAGGCGAUCACAGACCCCGAGGGGCACGUCAACAACCGGAUUUUGUGCCGGGACUGGCUUCGGCCCGAGGAGCCGCUGCGCGAGUCCGUGGCGACGAUGGACGACGUGACGAUCGGGACGCCGGAGGCGGAGGUGCAGUCGCUGCAGCUGGACGCGAGCACAGAGCUGGCCAGCAGUGGCAGCAGCGAGUUCCACAGCGGCGUGAGCUGCGUGCACAGCAGCGACAGCGACUCGGACACGGAGGCGGCGAUGCGCAGCAUGCUCACGAGCGCCAGCUCCGCCGGCGGCGGCACAUACAGCGGCCUGCUGGCGGGCGAGGACAGCGCGCAGCUGCCCGCAGCCGACUCGGGCGGCAGGCCGCCCCUGUCGUUCCCGGGCGACUACAUCCACGUCGCCUCGCGCGGCGAGUGCAGCAGCUCCGAGGAGGUCGAGCUCUCCUCCUCCGUCACCGGCGACGACGACAUGCGCUAUUCACAUGGGUCCGCAGACCCCCGACCCCGCCUGCAGGGCUUGCUGUCCGUCAUCCGCGUCUUCAAGACGUACUGGAAAGGCUAG